UGUCUCAAAUCCACAAGCAAUGGCCACUUCAACCAAUUUUGUUCUCCUAUUUCUAAUCACAUACUUAAUUCUACCAACCUUACUAGCUAAUUCAGAUUCAAAAAAAAAGCAUAACAACCUAUCAGAUUUUAAUAUUCCAAGCUACAACAACAUUCCCAAUAGUGACCAAAAAAAUGAUAAUGUGAUGAACACAAUAGACUCAUGCUGGAGAAAAAAAACAAAUUGGGCUUCAAACCGCCAAUCACUAGCAGAUUGUGCAAUUGGAUUUGGAAAAGAUGCAAUUGGAGGAAAAUAUGGUGACAUAUAUGAAGUAACUGACCCUUCUGACGACCCAAUAAGCCCAAAACAAGGUACACUUCGUUAUGGUGUAAUCCAAACAGAACCACUUUGGAUAACAUUUGCAAAUGACAUGGUAAUUAAAUUGAAGAACGAGCUUAUAGUAAAUAGUUACAAAACAAUUGAUGGUAGAGGAGCUAAAGUUGAAAUUGGAAAUGGUCCUUGUAUUACAAUACAAGGUGUUAGUCAUGUGAUUGUGCAUGGAAUUAGUGUUCAUGAUUGUAAACCGGGUAUGGCUGGUAUCGUUAGAAGUACUAUUGAACAUGUUGGAUAUCGUGAAGGUUCUGAUGGUGAUGCUAUUACUGUUUUUGCUUCUUCUAAUGUUUGGAUUGAUCAUUGUUUUUUGGCUACUUGUGCUGAUGGCCUUGUUGAUGUUACUCAUGCAUCUACUGCUGUUACUGUCUCAAAUAAUUACUUCACUCGCCAUGACAAAGUGAUGCUGCUAGGACAUAAUGAUGAUUACAGCGCGGAUAGAAUAAUGAAAGUAACAGUAGUUUAUAACCGCUUUGCCACUGGCCUAAUAGAAAGAAUGCCAAGGGUAAGAUAUGGUUAUGCCCAUGUUGUAAACAACAGAUAUGACGAGUGGCUCAUGUAUGCCAUUGGUGGUAGUGCUGAUCCUACCAUUUUCAGUCAAGGAAACUACUUUUUAGCUUCCAAAAAUUCUGAUGCAAAACAGGUUACAAAGAGGGAAACUGAUGGAAAAUGGAAUAAUUGGAAAUGGAGGAGUUAUGGAGAUGAAUUCUUAAAUGGUGCUUAUUUUGUGCCAUCUGGGUAUGGAAGUUGUGCUCCCUUAUAUUCAUCUGCUCAAAACUUUGAUGCUGCUCAAGCAUCUAUGGUGCCUUUAUUAACACUCAAUGCAGGACCUUUGGAUUGUUCUGUUAACAAAGCAUGUUAAUUUCACCAAACAUUUGCUUGUCUUUACUUUCUAAAUUUUUUUAUGCUUUUGAUGAACGAAUUUGGUCCCUCGAUUAAAGGCAUACUGUACCAAUAUACAAGGGG